UGCACUAGCUAGCACGGCGUACGUAGGCCAGGCUGCAAGUUAUACAGACCAGCUAGCGCGCGGUCUAAACAGAGCUAAACGGACGCGCUUUGCCAUGGGGUUCAUCGCCAUCGGCGGCGAUGAGCUCUUGGUGACGCUUGUGCCGGUGGCCGUGUACUGGCUCUACUCCGGGAUGUACGAGGUACUGGGCAGCAGCAAGGCCCUGGCCAAGUACAGGCUUCACUCGAGGAGGGACGAGGAGACCAAGAACAUGGCUUCCAAGAAGGACGUGGUCAAGGGCGUGCUCCUGCAGCAGGCCAUCCAGGCUGCCAUCUCAGUUGCUGUGCUCAAGCUGACAGGCAGUGAGCAAGAUGGCGUCAUCGAUGUCAAGUCCGGUGGGCGGAGCCAGCCGUCGAGGGCGGCGUCGUCGUUCCUGGACACGGCCGCAAGGUUCGCAGUGGCCAUGGUCGUGCUGGACGCGUGGCAGUACUUCAUGCACCGGAUGAUGCACUCGAGCCGGUACAUGUACCGGCGGUUCCACUCGUGGCACCACCGCGUCGUGGCGCCCUACGCGUUCGCGGCGCAGUACAACCACCCGGUGGACGGCGUGCUCACGGAGACGCUGUCGGGCGCGGUCGCCUUCCUAGCCUCCGGGAUGGGCCCGCGGGCCGCCGCGGCCUUCUUCAUGUUCGCGACCGUGAAGGGGAUAGACGAUCACUGCGGGGUGCUGGUGCCGUGGAACCCGCUCCACGCCGUCUUUCGUGACAACAAUACGGCGUACCACGACGUGCACCACCAGCUCGGCGGGGGCCGCCGCAACUUCUCGCAGCCCUUCUUCGUGAUCUGGGACCGCCUGUUAGGCACGUACGCCGGCUACACCGUGGAGGAGCGCCAUGGUGGCGGGCUCCAGGUCAGGAUCGUUAAAGAUCACGCAUAGGCAUAGCAUACGUAUUUACAGUAGGUUAUGCUGCUCGUCGAUGACGAGUUUUCGCACCAUGGUAUGCUACUCGAUGACUAGUGUUUACAUUAGAGAUGCUCUGAGCCCGCUUCUCCUUUCCAGUUUC